AGUAGUAUCAGUGAUCACUUGUGUCGAACAGGUGACAUUAACAACAGCGCCAGAACCAAGUAUGCCGACAAAGGGUCUGUUGGAGCGUCUUAGAGAUGGCGAGAGCGUGGUGGUGGCGGAGGGAUACAUAUUUGAAUUUGAAAGAAGAGGAUAUCUCACAGCAGGAAGUUUUGUACCGGAAGUUAUUAUCGAACAUCCAGAGCUCGUGAAGAGUCUACACGAAGAAUUUGUUCAUGCAGGAAGUGAUGUUGUCCUGGCGUUUACAUACUAUGCUCACCGAGAAAAGCUCCGCCUGAUAGGUCGAGAAAACGAUUUGGAAAGAAUGAACAUGGAGGCACUCAGAAUUGCCCGCGAAGUCGCAGACGACACUGGUACAUUGAUGGCAGGGAACAUAUGCAACUCUACGAUAUACAAGAAAGGCGACGAUGCAUCUACCGCAGAAGUCAAGGCGAUGUUUAAGGAACAAGUGGAGUGGGCGGUGAAGGGCGGCGCCGAUUUUAUCGUCGGGGAGACGUUUGGAGAAUACGGGGAGGCAGCUCUCGCUCUGGAAGCCAUUAAGAAACAUGGAAACGGUCUACCUGCUGUGAUCACUUUACAACCUACCAUCUGUAUGGAUACCCAGGAUGGCAUAAAUAUCGGGGAGGCGUGUCGUAUGUUGGAGGAGGGUGGUGCCGACGUGGUGGGCCUCAACUGUGGGCGUGGCCCUGUCACCAUCAUCGAGACGCUUAAGUGUGUAAGAAGGGCUUGUAAGGUAUGUGGUAUCGCUAUUCCAGACAGAGAAGAAAAGAAAGCCUUUCCGUUGGAACUGUUGAAGUGUCUAAGUUCCCGAGACGAGAUCCGGACUUUCGCACAGGAGGCAAAGGCAGCAGGGGCUACCUACAUAGGGCUGUGCUGUGGGGGAGCACCGCAUACGCUCAGAAUCGUGGCAGACGUACUCGGCAAAAACCCACCAGCCAACAAAUACGCCCCGCAAAUGCACAAGCAUUUUAUCUUUGGCGAUGAGUCAAAAUUUCAAGAUUAUUACACGAAAGAUGUUAAAUCUAAAAUCGUCACUAAUGCUUGA